CUUGAAGAUAAAAAAAUUGAUUUGAAUGAGUUAUUUUCUCAAGAAGAUCAGGAAGUUUUAAGAUGUAGUGUGUUUACCAGUCCAGCAAAUGCCGUUCAGUUUUUUCAUCAGUGGCAAAGAGAGAGACGGAUAUGGUGGAGAAAGUUCUCACCAAACCCAGGCAGGUACUUUUUAACAGACAUUAAAACUGAUAGUAACAAUAAAAUGAGUGUCAACAUUGAGGCCAAACUGCCUUGGACAACUGAACUUGUUGAAACUAUUGUCAUGCAACCAAAACCAUUAAGAGAUAUUGGAGAAGAGAAGUUUAGUGAUGGUAAGAAACGAAUACAACCACACAGCAUUAUUAGUACAAUAAAUUUAACAACUAUGUUCAUGACAACCAUCUGUGAUGCUUAUGAUGAAUCAGAGUAUAAAGGCAACAGCAGAACCUUAUUAAGGUUCCACCGAAAACUUGCUCCAUACAGGAUCAGUUUUGCCAUAGUUUCCUCAGGAGUUUCAGCAAAUGUUUUAUCAGAAUUAAAUGAUUUAGCGCUGUAUUUGACUAAACAACUGAGGUUGAAUCAUGUUUCUACUCUCUUUUCUGCAAGUAGUUCAAAGCUUUCUUUGGAGGCCCAAUGGAGGCUAUAUGAUGAAAUGGGUAUACCUUAUAACAUCUUACUGAAUGAAAAAACACUUAAAGAUGGUCUGGCCUUUUUAAGGAGCAGGGAUACUACUUUAAAGGAGCAAGUUCAUGUUACUGAGCUGGUGGGCUAUGUUGAUCAACUUUUUAGAAACUAUUAGUGCUUGUAUGGAGUUUUUUUUUUGUAAAUAUAUUAGUUUAUUUCAAGCAAA